AGUAAAACAUCAGGAAUGAAGGAUCAGCAGAGAAACUUGUUUGGACUUGUUUGGACUUUGCAGUAACUCAGUGACUUUUUAGUGCUGGUCACAAGAUGACCAGAGAGUGUGUCUAUGUUAGAUAAGUGGAUGAUGUAACCUUUUUGAGUGUGGAUGAUGUAACCUUCCAAGUGGUAAACGAGUUGUGGUCAUAGGAUGAUAAAGUAGUCAGGUAGUAUGCUUAUGUUAGAUAAGUUAGGUAUGAACAGCUUGUAAAGUAUAUAAGCGCGGGGGAAACUCCAUGUAAUUGCUCACAACCAACUCUCGUCGCCUGAGAGUAAGAUCGUGCAGUUGUGUGCCAGCCACCUCGUGUAUUGCUUUGUGUGGUGUGCGAAUAAACCAGCAUUUCAAAAGGCAAUCGAGUUCGUGCUUGGUGUUCGCGUACGUCGCGGUCCGGGGUCCAGUGCAGAUAUCCGGAAGGGAACUCCUGGUAACCAGACAAGGCUGAGAAGCUGCUCGUGACAGUUGGCGUAGUCGGCAGGAUACGGAAGAAGAGCUCCGGAGCAGGCAAAGACUGCACAGGAGAUCACCCUUUGAGGAAACAUUCCAAAAGGACAUCGAUGUGCAGGCAGACGGGGACCCAAACCCAGAUAAUAUAAGACCAUACAAGGUGUGGAUACGUAACAGAAAAGAUAACUCUGUGAUUAAAGGUGAGAUUGUAUCACACGGACAAGGAAAUACCCUAUGGGUAUCAACUGGAAAAGGGGACCUCAGAUUAGUAAAAAGCCAAGAUGUUGUCACUAGGUAAACGUUUGUGUGUUUGGUUUAACAUAUGCUUUAUUAUCCUGAUUGUAUAUUCUUGCUUGUUUUUGGGUGGAUAUUUUUAUUGUAACGAAUGGCAGACAGCUCUUUUGAAUGGUUCUACUUGUUUUAUUAACGUGAAUCAUAAAUUGUUGGCACGGGAUUUGCUACCCUGUUAUGUACUUAAUUAUACACUAUGUUUCUGGUAAUGGCACCUAGGACUUUGUUACUUUUGCUAUUUUUGCUACUUUUGAUAGCCCUGCAGUUCUAUUCAGUAAUGGGAAAUCAAACUACAACUCCCACUACUUUUACUACUAUAACUCCAUAUUAUUUUGGUAUCAGGAACAUUAACCUGACCAAGCAUUCUUACAAAGAAUGGAUCUUUAAUUAUAUUAAUUUUACUCAUUCACUUCAAGAGUGUAAUAAUUCUUGUGCAGUAAUACCACAAUAUUGGAGAAGUAACAAAUUCCUACAAAAUUUUACUGCUAUUAGAUACUUGUUUUAUCAUAAUUAUGCAUUUUGCCACCAUUAUAACAAACACUCCGCACCUAAGGAGUGUGACCAUUUUUGGGACAUCAAUACAGUUGGGGUAUAUAGCCCAAUGUUUAGAUCUAGUGCGGAUGGAGGAUAUUCUAAUAAAUAUGAAACUAACCCCCUCCGAUGUCAUCUUGUACCUGGGAUUAUGGAUAUGUGGUCUUAUAAGCCACAUUUUGUGUAUUAUUAUAGGAAACUUGGAGGCAAACCUUUAGUUAAGAGCUAUAAUGCUACAGCAGCAGUGCUUAAUAAUCCAAACCUUACUGUAUAUACUUUUGAGGAGUCUACAGAAGAGAAUGACUUUACAUGUAUAAAAGCAGCAGAAAAGGAUGUUGCAUCACUGCCUUUUCAGGUUUGGGUGUCCAACAAACAGAAUGAUUAUAAUUUAUUCAAUUAUGAAUAUGAAGAAUAUGACUAUUCUUCAUAUGAUGAUGGAAAAGAAGAAGGUUCUGGUGAAUUUACAACUACAACCCCACGAACAACUACGUUGGGGAUAAAUUUGUUGCCAUAUAAUGAUUCUAAGGAAAUGUUGGAUGAGUGGAAAAGAUUGCCUAGACAUUUACAAGGAGCUAGGCCGUUGCCUAGAUGGCCGCAAGUUUUAGUUGAACCCUACGGGACAUGGUGUCCAAAAGAGUUACAGCAGUAUCUAGAUUCCAUGAGCACUAAACAAAGGAAUAUGUCUAUAUAUAUUGAAGAUGUGCAAAGCAGAACUCAUUUGAAUUAUACCCAUUAUGUAUCUUGUGUAGCGGAUUUUCCUAAUUUACCUAUAUAUGGAAAGUUCGAGAUUCUACAGAAUCCUGAUAGAUCCUUAGAAAUACGGAACCAAUCUUAUCUUACUAUAGAUAAUUGGUGGAAAGUCAAUACCUUAGGUACCGCCACUUGGCGAUCACCUGUUGUGUUGACCGACCCUUUACCACAGCCAUUUACCCAUAACUUGGUUAAACCAGUGGCCACGCCUCCUAAAUUAAAGGACAAAAUCGGGUAUGUUUGUAUCCGUAGCAUUUUUGGAGAUAUGCUUAACCGAACACAGGGACAAGCAUUUAUUGGUAGAGUUUGCUUCCCUGUUGAUUCAACCUUCCUUAAGUGGUGCCAAUAUAGAUAUUAUUAUAAAAUUGGUAAUUAUUCAUCUGUAACUUAUAAGAUUCACACACAGGCCUGUAGGCUGGGUCCAGCUUACAGGACGACUGGGGUAUUACAUCCUGAAUUUGGAAUGUUUAAUCACUCUGGAUGGCUACUAUUUGAAAACAAAACAAGGAGGUAUGUUUUUAAAAAUGCCAAUAAUGAAUGGGACCUCUCAGAGAUUGUGGAUGGCCCGAAAUUGGGACAGAGAGUGCAUAGUCCAGGGUUACAUGAGUAUAAAUUCACCGUGGACAAAUACAUUGUUAACCAGACAGUGUGGAAAAACUACACACAAUAUUAUAAUAUAUUUAAUUGGACAUGGUGUUAUAAUUUUAGCAGACAAAAUUGUGUACAGAAUCCUCUUCAUGCUGUAUAUUUGAAUGCCUCUCAUAUGCAUCUUGAGGUGAAUAAUACGUGGCAUAGGUUUGAUAAUCAGUCCUGGCAACCUGUAUUGGUUGUCACACCUGAGGAUAUUUUGGAAAAACACUUUUAUAAUGUUACAUUUCUGCAGGUAGAUUAUACUUAUAAUGGAUCCAAAGGAGAAUCUUCAAAGUGGCCUUAUUAUAAAUGCCAAGACUGUACCUUUAAGUUUUAUGAUAAUUUCUUUGGGACUUUGAUUCCCGUGUUUAAUUUGAGUGAUGACAAAAUCAGAGUGAAUGUCCAUAAUAUGUCAAUCCCGAUGGGAGUUGAUUCUAAUUAUGUGGACACUAAAAAUGUUAGUUUAGCUAUGGAAAGAUCUAUUUGCAGAUGGUUUCCACAUUCAUGGCAAUAUGUGAUUGGUAUUCAUAGGUCUAUUAUGCAUAAUGAUUCCACGUACUAUGAUAUUCCUCUUGAUGUAAAUAUAACUGGAAAUGUUUCCAAACAUUAUGAAGGUGGUAAUGUUGUAUUAGGCAAUGAGGAAAAACAAACGAGGGAUUAUACUUUACAUCCAACAGUAUAUUCUCUUGCAUUUGUACCACCAGAUUUGGAUGAAGUUACUUUAGUGAAUUACAAAACAGAAACUUACCUGGUAAAUGCUGAUGACUACUGGUCAUUGAAGACUGGGUGCCCUAGAGCACAGCUCUGGGAUACUAUAAUUAGAUACCAUGUGGAUAUAGCAGAUAGAAAAACUCUGAAAUGGUGGUUGACACAAGGAAUGGAUUUCUCUACUUGGUCUAGUAAAAUAUAUCCAGGAAAAUUACCUUAUUACUGGUAUAUGUUAUUACCAGGAAGUGAAAAUGAAUGGAAUCUUUAUGAUAUUGUAACACAUGAUGUUUUACAUAAUAAUACUGAUGUGUUUGAUGCACAUGCAGGUAAUCAUAUUAUAUAUAGUACAAAGAUGGAUAUGCAGAAAUGUUACAUGGAACCGACCUCUUUGAAUCCUUGUUUAAUCGAUAGAGGAGGAUUUAAUGAAACCAAGGGAUGGGUUACUGCCCAUUUCCCAAGAGCGGUCCUCUUCCCACGCAAGGAAAAGGACGGUAAUUUUAUGAAGACUUUAGAGGCUCCAGGAUUUUUACCUUUACUACAUCAGCCAGUUAGAUUUUUGAUACAACCACAAGUACAGCCAAUUGUGUUACGAUUGUCUGUUAGUGAUUUGUUGAAAGGUGAAACUGUAUGUCCUUCUUUUGAGUCUACUGUGUUGCCAGAUUUGUUUUAUUCAGUUCAAAGAAAUGCAGCAGGACGGAGACCUUUGCAGUUCGCAGCGAUUGGCGCUUUCCUGGCCGGAGCAGCUUUGGGGGCAGCAAUCGCUGGAGCAAUGACGGAGGAACUUCGAGUGGAAAUUUCAGCUCUUCGAGGACUUCAGAAUAAACAGAACUUUGUUAUCUCACAAUUAUCUAAAAAUCUGCACUCCGCAUCUUUACUUAUGGAAAGACUUUCUGCAGAACAGGAACUUUUGAAACAUCAUGUUGAUUCAUUAAGUAAGGUGAUUGAGACCAUGGAUGCAUCAUGGAAUGUACGUAUGAAACAAUUGGAGGCAACUCAGGAGUGUGAACAUCUACAAGCAAUGAUCACCGCGGGAUUAGAAGAAAUAAGACUGUUAUUUAGAACUGGUAUAGGCAUGGAAACUGCAUCAGCUAUAACCAUAUUAGAUCCUACAAAGGAUUCUUGGUGUGAAACUGGUGUUUGUAUGAUUAAUUUAUGGCAAAUGUCGACAUCUAAAGUUGUAAUAGGGUAUCCAACUAAGGCUAUACCGAAGAAAAUUGGUAAAGAUUGGAUAAUACCAUUUGAUAAGUUUUAUUGGUUAAAAUGGAACAAUAUGUCAUAUUAUGUGCCUAGUGAAGCCACUUAUGCUAUAGGUAAAACAACUAUUAUAGCAUAUGAUCUUUUCUCAGAGGAACCUAGAACUUCUGAUAUAACUAUAUCUAUGCCUCAGGCUACUUUGUUAGAUCUUGGAAAUUUUAAUAUGUUGUCUUGUUAUCCUGAACCUUACAUGGUUCGACGAUGGCAGAACAUUUCUUAUAAUGAUUCUUUGAGUUUGAAUGCUGGUUGUCAUAUACAUUCCAAUGUUAUGAUGAUGGAACAUAUGAAUCUCACUGUUAAGAAACAUCUAUUUAGGUCUACGAAGUUUAAUGAUACGCAAAAUUUACGAGUCCUGACUCAGGUGGUUUAUUUGUCUAAUCAUACUUUUGGGUUACAUACUUUUGUGCCCCAGCCACCUCUGUUGGAAGAAUAUAAACAUAUGAUGAAGGCGACGGAGGCAGCUAAGUCCAUUUAUGCUUCAUUGGGAAAGGAAAUUGAGACAGUACAUAAUCAAACUACUGAACUUCUCCAAAGAUUCUCAGGAGAAACUCAUAAAGUUAAAAUGUUGGUUGAUUCCGGAUACUUGAUUCCGCGUGACUUUCAGUAUACUUAUGAUUGUAGUUUUGUAGGUUUCUUUAGAAAAUUAGUUCAUGCAGAUGUGAGUUGUAUUAUGAGAUGGAAUCCUUUCCAUUGGCUUAAGGAAGGAUUGCUAUAUGUAUGUUGUUUUGUAUUAUUAGUAUUAUGCAUUAAGGUUUGUUUAAAGAUUAAUAAGUCUGCAGGAAAGAAAACUUACAUUAAAAUGGAUAAACUUCAACAUUACAGAGACCAUGAAGCGAAAGGCACUAAGAAAAUUAAAUCCAAGAAGGAGAAGGACGGCAAGAUCGAGGAAUUAUUCUGAACAGUUGCACUAUGCAAAUUGUCAUCUUUGCAUCGAAUUUCAUGUAAAUACAUGGUUUUUAUAUAGUGCAUAUACACUGUUUGGGCAGGAACGUUUUUCUCUUUUAUGUAGACUAGUAACCUUACGCAGUGGACCAUGGUGUCCGCUGGAUAAUAAUUUAGAGGGUAUUGUACCUUCUUUAUGUGUAUUCUUAAAUCAUGUUUGGAAUUGUAUUCCUAAUAUUAAUUCGCACUGUAAUGUUUAUUGUAGGUAUGAUGUACACUCGUGUGUUAAGGGUUUAUUUGGAUUGUUCACGGAAGUAAUGAAGUCUGAUCAUGAUUUGUUGACACAGCAAUCUAAUGCAUUUGCUUUUUACAUUAAUGGGAUUAUUUCCCUUAGCUAUGAUAGAUCAUUGUUGUUUGGUGAUGAGUUAUUAUGUAGGAGUUUUGCGCAAUGCAGACGGAGGAAGACGUAUAACCCUAGAUCUUUGUUUGAUAUAUGCUUAAGGAAUAUCUGUAAGCCUUAUUUUGUUAAAUUGUGGACUUAUGUCGAUUGUCACCAAAACUUACCCAGACUUGGUUAACGUUAUAGAAUUUCUUGAGGAACUAUGUCUGUGGACCAGAUAAUCAUCAGACGGAUAUUAGGACGCAAAUUGAGGAACGACCUGUUGUUCCGGAAGGAUCGCAUGACUCCAAUUCCGAUGUUCUUGGAAAAAGAUGUUGAUUAUCCAUUUAUGAUAGUUCACAAUAUGGUGAUAGAUUUAUCGUUAGUGAAGGAUUUGAAUUUUGAUGUUUAUUCACGACUGACACAUCCUUUUGUGCCACAUGUGAAAGCUCCCUUUUGCUGUGAGAUUCGUACUAUGAUUGCACCUUUUCUACACUCCUGUGUGGUUGGUGGCUGCAUGGAUGCCGUGGAUUGCAUCUUCCAAUCUGAAGAUUGGUUCGAAGGGUUGCGACAGCCCAUAUGUUUCCCCGAGGACGGGCAACUUCCGAAUGGACGACCUAAGACAGGGGACCGUACUUGUCGCUUUGAUACAUCGGCACCAUCAGUACCAUCGGCGCCUCCGUAUCAAGGGGGUGGAAUGACAGGAGUAAAACAUCAGGAAUGAAGGAUCAGCAGAGAAACUUGUUUGGACUUGUUUGGACUUUGCAGUAACUCAGUGACUUUUUAGUGCUGGUCACAAGAUGACCAGAGAGUGUGUCUAUGUUAGAUAAGUGGAUGAUGUAACCUUUUUGAGUGUGGAUGAUGUAACCUUCCAAGUGGUAAACGAGUUGUGGUCAUAGGAUGAUAAAGUAGUCAGGUAGUAUGCUUAUGUUAGAUAAGUUAGGUAUGAACAGCUUGUAAAGUAUAUAAGCGCGGGGGAAACUCCAUGUAAUUGCUCACAACCAACUCUCGUCGCCUGAGAGUAAGAUCGUGCAGUUGUGUGCCAGCCACCUCGUGUAUUGCUUUGUGUGGUGUGCGAAUAAACCAGCAUUUCAAAAGGCAAUCGAGUUCGUGCUUGGUGUUCGCGUACGUCGCGGUCCGGGGUCCAGUGCAGAUAUCCGGAAGGGAACUCCUGGUAACCAGACAAGGCUGAGAAGCUGCUCGUGACA